GGAAGUUUAUCAUUGUCACAUGAUUCGAGUUUUGAUCGCGAAGAACUUCUGAUACGAGAGUAUAUGGUUAGACGAUUAUAGUUAUUUCGACGCAAAUACUGCGAACAAGUUCCUAAACCGCUUCACCGUCUCAAUCAAGUUCUUGAAAUUUUAUUUACCGAUCAGAAAACAUUGAAACAGAAAAAUGGCAGAAAACAGACCAUUGAUAAACGAUAAGCCACCUUCAUAUGCCACUGCAACUGGACCAUACUCCGGGCCCCCAGGAUUCAAUGGAACAGCUCAACAGCAGCCCUCUUACAUGUAUCCUCCCACCACAACCACUGUAAUCCAACAACCUGCUCCAAACAUAGUUAUUGUUGGAGGAUGUCCUGCUUGCAGAGUUGGGGUCCUAAGUGACGAAUUUACUUGUCUUGGGAUAUUAUGUGCACUUUUUUUAUUUCCGAUUGGAUUGCUUUGCUGCAUCUUAUGCAGGGAAAAGAGAUGCGAAAAUUGCGGCGCAACCUUCAGCUGA